AUGGUGUUGCACACUGUGGAUGGAGAGAGGCAGAGGGAGACGGAAACCAGAGAGCCUGAUGUCGUUGACGGGAAAGCUGCAGACCUAAACAUCCACCACAAGAGGGCAGCAGACAAACACAAGUACAGCACAAUCGGCUAUCAGGCAAGUGGACAAAAGGUCGUGACUGACUUUGCAACUCUGAGUAAAGGAACUUCUGCAGGAGCCAAACCCAGAACUGCACUCAAACAAGUCCUGUUCAGCCAGGGAGUGUCUGACAAAGCGUCUGAGGAGCGAAGUCAACUGGAUGGGUUGAAGCAAGUCCUGGAGGCCUUCUCCCUGUCAGAGGAUCUCAGGUGGAGAUGGAACGAGGAAAGUCAGGGAACCACGCUGGAGACGAGCUGGACAGAUAUAGUGCAGUCUCAUUCAACAAUGUCAAAAAUGCAGAGACACCAGCAGGAGGCGCUGUGGGAGUUUGUCUAUACUGAACUCACCUUCAUCAAUAAGCUGCUUAUUAUAAAAGACUUGGUUAUUGCGGCUCUUGUCCAAUUGCACCAAAAAGGAUUUCUCCAGGAGGUGACCCCCGAGGAGCUUUUCUCCAACCUCCCCUCCAUCCUCGAAGCACAUCAGCAGUUCUGGAAGGAGGUGGUUUAUCCGAUGUUACAGGAAGCGCGAAAAACAGGCAAACCCUUUGACCCCAUGAGCUUAGACCCUGGAUGCCUCCAGUUUCAUAAACGCUUCUCUUCCUAUCAUGAAUACUGCUGGAAGGAGGAAGACAAUCUUGAAUUCUCGCGCAGGCAGAUGGAGAACAACCUACAUUUCUCCACUUACGUCCAGUGGGUAGAGAAUCAUCCUCAGGGCGAUCGGAUGCGUCUUGGAGACAUGCAGGCCAAACCCCAUCAGAGGAUCACAAAGUAUCCCCUGCUGCUCAAAGCUGUGCUCAAACACACUCAGGACCCACAUGUGGAGCACACACUCAGAUGCAUGUUGUUCAGUGUAAAUAAUUUUUUGGAACUUAUCAAUGACUACCUGCGACUAAAAGAUGAGCAACUCGCACUCAACAUCUCUGCUCAGAGGUUGGAUGGGUAUGAGGUGGAUGGACUAAAUGAGGAAAUCGACAGGCAUGUCCGAGAAGUCUGCAAGUUUGACCUAACGUGCCCCAUCAAAGGUGUAGAUUCUGAAGUUGUACGCAAGCUGCUGCGUGAAGGGAACUUGAAGGUUCGAGGCAGGAAAGACAGUAAACUGGAGUUGGUGGCUCUGCUUUUCUCAGAUGUGCUUCUACUCACCAAAGUCCAGAAGAAAACAGAGCGGCUGAAGGUGGUUCGACCUCCUCUGGCCCUCGACAGGAUGUACUGCAUACCACUGAAAGAUGGCUAUUCAUUUCUCCUUGUGGAGGUAGGUGAGCUUCAGAGCGCUAUGAAUGUCGUCAUACUUGUCGCCAGCACCUCAGAGAAUUGCUCCAUAUGGGUGUCCACCAUCCACCAAGCGAAGGAAACACUGAGGCAGUUGAGAGAGGCAGAGCACAACAGACAGGAGACAGAGACAAACCAGCAAAAUGAAAACCCUGUUAAAGAAGCAAUGACAGAUGAUGUGGAGACAGAAGAACAACCUGUUGCACAGCCAGGAAUGGAGACCUCGAUGGACGAAUCCACUGAUGAUACUUUUAUCUCUAACUCGAUAAAUGGAUACCCUUCUCCUUCUCCCUCAUUUUCUGCCACAUCUUCGCCGUCACGCAGUGAUGGAGACAGAGACACAGACUUGGAGGAAGUGGAAGUAGCAAGACCCAAGGCCCUCAGCGUGAGUCAAGGAUGGAAGGAGCAGCUGGUAGAUGGAGAUGAAGAUGAGCAGGGGAACAGUGUGUUUGUAGAAGGUGUAAAUGUGGAUUGGCCCGGCUGGUGCUUCGAUGACGAAGAAGUUAAUGAUCGUUUACGUCCUUCCACAAAUGGUUUUCUGGAGGAAAUCAACCGAUCUUUGGCCUUGUAUGGUAUCGGCGAACUGUCGGAGCAAGAAGAUGGCGAGUGCAGCCAGGUGUAG